UGCUUGUUAUAUCAGUUUGGCCCUCUUUGUCCUACAGCUUCAGGUGUCCUGGUCCAGGUGUGUUCCAGUGUGCUUUGACUGGACUGGUGUUCGUCAUGGCUCAGGAGGCGGAGCUACUGUACAGGACCGUCCAAUGGGAUGAGAGCUUCCUCCAAUCAGCUGGCAAAAUGGCUGCAGGGCCGCUGUUCAACAUCAAGUGUUCUGAGGAUGCUGCUCUCCGUCAGCUCCACCUCCAACACUGUGACACAAAGGAAGGUUAAGGCCCAACAAGAAGGUGCUACGUACAUCCCGAACACUGCCGACUGUUUUCUCAACUUUGGUCACAGUUACAGUGUCCACUGUGAACCUGGGAGCUUCAGAAUACAACCUGAUCGUGCAUCAUACCGCUCAAAUUAUGGACCAAAUUACCAUCCGACAUUUAAAGUUAUCCUGACUACGAUUCCAGACGAAGUGACUUUGAUGGUCCGGAAUCAAGAGAGGACAGGCGACGUCUGGAGAUGUGAUCUGUUGCAAGGAGAUCUAACAAUGGAAAUCCCUCAGAGGAACGUCUCACCAGAGGACAGCGUCUCAGCAGAGGACAACGUCCCACCAGAGGACAGCGUCCCAGCAGAGGACAACGUCUCACCAGAGGAGAGGCUGCGGUUGGUUCGAACAAAGUUUGUAAACGGGAUGUCUGAUCCUAAUCUGAACAAGCUUCUGGAUGAACUCCUUCAACGUCGCGUUAUAAGUGAUGAAGAAAUGGAGUCAAUCAGAACAAAAACCAGGGCAGAUAAAGCACGAGACCUGAUCGACACGGCACGAAGAAAGGGAACUGAAGCCAGCAGAGUUCUGAUCGCUGCUCUCCGUAAGGAUGAUCCGUGGGUGUUCAGAAUUUAGGAUGAAGCAAAAGCAAGAAGCUGGAGUGUGAUGAUGAAUCUCUAUAAUAUCUGGCUGUUUCAGAGACUCACAUCACUUAUUGUUAUCUAUAAAUGAUAAAUUCCGUCGUUGAAGCCUGUGUGGACUUUCACUCUGAAGGUGAUUCACUGAAGUUUGGGGGGAAAGUGAAUUCAUUUUCAAUCUCUUGUGGUUUGGUCUCUAGAUUUUAUAAUCAUUUACUUGUGAUAACUACUGAUGUGUUGUCGGUGAUGAAGACCUGCGAUAGAGAGCUCAUGACAUUUCUAUAUGUUUUGGGACCGCCUUCUUAUUGCUAAUUUUUGGAAGAAAUUAAUUUAGUUUUAAUUAGGGCUGUCUAAGUUAACGUGAUAAUAACAUGCUAAUGCAAAUUU